AUGGGGAAUUGUUUUUGUAAACCAAAGUCAAAGUUACGAAAAUCUCGACGUCGCUUGCAACCUUCUUCCGUGGGAUCUCCGUUAUCCGACACCCACUUGAUCUCUGGCGACAUUCUCGACUAUGGAAGUAAUGAUGGGUACCGAUUCAUUGGCGGUAGAAGGUUUCAUAACGUGGGAAAUUCGAAAUAUUUGCUCCCUUGUGAUGACGAUGAACUGGACCGAUUACACUUUCAACACUAUAUAUGUCGAUACAUAUGGAAACGAAAUUAUUCCGCACCUGUAAAAGAAAGGCUAGGUGCCGGUGGUGCUCAUGUCUUGGACGUUGGUUGCGGACCGGGAACGUGGUUAAUCGAGAUGGCAAACGAGUUUCCAAGAUCACAUUUUACUGGGAUGGAUAUUUCGCCAGUUUUUCCCAGGGAAACGAAACCAGAUAAUGUCAAUUUCAUGGAAGCGAAUCUGCUGGACGGACUGCCAUUUGAAAAUGAUUCUUUUGAUUACAUACAUAUGAGAUUUUUGAUCACUGCAUUCAGCAAGAGUGAAUGGGUGAUCGCAAUCAAUGAACUUGUCAGGGUGGCUAAAGUUGGUGGCAUUAUCGAAAUUGUCGAAGAUGAAAUCGAACCAAGGAAUGAUGGACCUAUAUCAAGAUUAUUAUUCAGCGCAUAUUUGUUGGGUGCCACAGAACGUCUCACCGACAUCAAAAAGGAAGAAGUCACGGCCCAAUUUGGAAAAUGGGCUGGUAGAGUUGGGACCUUGUUGGCAAAUAAUACAGGUCAAUUAUUCCGAACAUUUAGAGCAAGAUUUUCAUCUAUACUUGAACUCGAAACUGACGAGUAUGAUAAAUUGGUUGAGGCUUGGCAUCAAGAAUUGAUUGAAUUCAAAGCGUAUAGUGUCGGAUAUCGAUUCUGGGCGACGAAAAAGUGA